AGACUCGGGCAGAUGACUUCCCUCUGCCCUCGCCCAGUGCUCGGCCACCACUUCAUUCCGUCUUUGCUCCGCUCGGUGUUUAACAGCGCGCGCCGCGCACGGCCCGGGGCGGAGGCCGCGGGGCUCUCCCGGCCAGGCCCGCCCCUGGACCCCACCCCGCGGGGAUCCGUGCUGCUCCCGGCGCUCCGGCUGCUCUCCCGCGGCCGCAAGCUGAGCCGAGGCGGCCGCGGCUCCAAGGCACAAGUCGUCUCCCCCAGCAAGCGGGCCCGGGCCACGGAGGCGGGAGAUAUGCGUCUCCGCUUUGCCCGGCUCUCAGAGCACGCCACAGCCCCCACCAAGGGGUCCGCACGCGCCGCGGGCUACGACCUAUACAGUGCCUAUGAUUACACAGUACCACCGAUGGAGAAAGUGCUUGUGAAAACUGACAUUCAGAUAGCCCUUCCUUCUGGGUGCUAUGGAAGAGUGGCUCCUCGUUCUGGCUUGGCAGCAAAACACUUCAUAGAUGUAGGAGCUGGUGUCAUAGAUGAAGAUUAUAGAGGGAAUGUUGGUGUUGUCCUGUUUAAUUUUGGCAAAGAGAAGUUUGAAGUCAAAAAGGGUGAUCGAAUUGCACAGCUCAUUUGUGAACGGAUAUUUUACCCAGAAAUAGAGGAAGUUCAAAUUUUAGAUGACACUGAAAGGGGUUCAGGAGGCUUUGGUUCCACUGGAAAUAAUUAAAACUUACGCCGAGAACAGGAAAUGAGAAUGUACUUUUUUCUUGAAAAUAAAGACUUUGCUUCAAUGUGUUUUGGUGUUUUGCAUUUCUGUAAACUUAACACUUCAGCUUCUAAAAGUAUUUGGUUUUCUUAUGCUUAAGGAAAGGGUACCUCUGUUGGGAUCCUAUAGAAACCUACUUCCUUUUGUUUUUCUGCGUUUAGUGAACUGUGUGUGAACUCAUGCCGUUUCUUUUUUAAAUUAAAUGCACAUCAUUAUCCCCAAAUCUGUAUUGU